AUGGCAACUUCUAGAGGCCGUCUUCCGUUGUACCGGCAGCCAUGCCGACGCUCCGCGCUUUUACGACUCCUUGCCGCGCUCCUCCCCACACUUGCGCUCCUCGCGCAAUCCUCCGCCUUCCAUUCUUCCGCCCGAUCGCGGAAAGCCGCGCACUGGCCCGGCCGAUCGCUUGCCGGCAACAACUUGGCGCGCCACACUGCCCCCAGACCAGAAGACGUGAUACCCUCGGAUUUCGGGGGUAGAUUCAGGGAUCCCCAUGGGCCCCUCGCUACAAUGGCGUCUGCGAUCACCCCUCAGGAUGUCGAGAUCGCUCGCGCUGUUCCGAACCCGCGCUCCCCGCCCGCUCAGAAGCCUCCCGCGCAGAAUUCCCCGGCACCGCAACCUUCCGCUUCCCCCAAGAAGACUCCCCCCGGGAACCUUGAAACGACGCGGGCCGCAAGCGGAACGAGCGCGAGCGGAAGCACCGGGGCCAGCGGAAGCACGGGGGGAACAGGGGGAACUGUGUCGAGUGGCGGAACUGGUAGCAGUGCGGGAAAUACCAGCGGGAGCAGUACUAGCAGUUCCGGGGCAACCGCGAGCAGCAGCAACAGCACGGGUUCAUCGGGUAACACGAGCACCACGGGCAGCACAAAGAGCUCGGGCAGCAGCACGAACAGCACGGGCAGCACGGGCAGCACGGGCAGCAGCAGCUCCAACAGUACUGGAACUGGCAGCGGCAGCGGCGGUGGUAACUCGACCAGCGGCGCGAGAAGCGGGAGCAGCGGGGGAAAUUCCACCAGCGGAACCGGGAGCGGAGGCGGAACCGGGAGCGGAGGCGGAACCGGGAGCGGAGGCGGAACCGGGAGCGGAGGCGGAACCGGGAGCGGAGGCGGAACCGGGAGCGGAGGCGGAACCGGGAGCGGAGGCGGAACCGGGAGCGGAGGCGGAACCGGGAGCGGAGGCGGAACCGGGAGCGGAGGCGGAACCGGGAGCGGAGGCGGAACCGGAAGCGGAGGCGGAACUGGAACCGGGGGCGGAAGUGGCAAUUCAACGGACAAGCCAUUCGUGUGGACGAUCCCGCCGCGCAGGAAGGUGCCGGGAGUGGAUAAGUCGUUCGACAAGUACUUCAAGUUCCCCGACUGGUGCAAGGAGAGCAACUGCCGCAAGGACAACAACGGGACUGUCACGCUCUCCGCCACCAACCAGUCCGUUGGAGUGUUCUACUCCAAGGACUACUACAAGUAUGGAGUCUACAGCCUGCGCAUGAAGCUGCCGAGCAACUACUCGGGCGGCAUCAUCCCGUGCUUCUACCUCAUCUCGCCGGGCCCACAAGGCUACACAGACAUUCACGACGAGAUCGACUUUGAGUUCAUCGGCGGGGAGAACCCCAUGGAUAUCACCAUCCAUACGAAUUUGAUCACAGGCGGGCAGGUCAAGCUGGAGCAGUUCAAAUUCCCGUUCGACCCGGCCGCGGAUUUCCACACGUACUCGCUAGUGUACUCUCCAAUGUAUAUCAUGUGGAUGGUUGACGACUAUCCGAUACGGAUCACCGUCAACGAGACCGGCCAUCCGUUCCCAACGCUCCCCAUGGAAUUCAAGGCUUCGAUAUGGGACUCCUCGUCGUGGAGCUGGCUCAAGGCGAACUACAGCAACGGCCCAAUUCAAGCGCAGUACCGCGAGUUUGACUUCUCCCGCUCCUGCCAGAUGCCUCAAGACCUCUCUGAACCGCCCUGUCUGCGCCUUCGCUCGUCCAAGCAUGCCCCGUGGCUGUCCAAAAUGACUCUGCCACAGCUCAGAAAGGAGAGGGCGUUUAAAAAGUUUUACACCAAGAAGAUUUACGACUGGUCUGAGGCCAACACGCCAUUCGCGAGCACACCUUGCGCCAGCAGCGCAAACGGCGGGGCUCAUUCCCGUAGCUACUCCUCUGCUGGUGACGUGGCGGAUGCUGACGUGUCACCGGGGGAACAGGCGGGGCGGAAGGCGGCGGCGGAGCUGCAGGUGCUGGGGGUGGUGGGCGCGGGGCAGAUGGGGAGCGGAAUCGCGCAGCUGGGAGCCAUGGCAGGGAUGCGAGUGGUGGUGGCGGACACGAGUCGAGCAGCACUGGAUGCAUCCAUGGCGGGGAUGCGAGUGGUGGUGGCGGACACGAGUCUAGCAGCGCUGGAUCACUGCAUGGGCGGCAUCAAGCACUCCCUGGGGCGCCUUGUUAGCAAGGGGCGACUUGAUGAGGUGGGUGGGUUGCGGGGAGGGGAAUGGGAGGGAGGCAGGGGGACAUGGGGACAUGGGGCAUGUCUGCAUGCAUGGGCGGCCCUGGGGCCCCUUGUUAGCAAAGGGCGGUUGGAUGAGGUGGGUGGGGAGGGGAAAGUCAGGGGGAAGGCAGGGGAAAGGCAGGGGGAAGGCAGGGGGAAGGCAGGGGGAAGGCAGGGGGAAGGCAGGGGGACAUGGGGUCCACCACCAGCGGCAACACUAACCCGGAUUCGCACCACCCCAGAGCCGAGUCCGUUGGAGCAGGCAGACUUGUUUGUGGAGGCCAGCAGCCCCAGCGAGCCAUGGGGGAGAGCGAGCCAUGGGGGAGAGCGAGCCAUGGGGGAGAGCGAGCCAUGGGGGAGAGCGAGCCAUGGGGGAGAGCGAGCCAUGGGGGAGAGCGAGCCAUGGGGGAGAGCGAGCCAUGGGGGAGAGCGAGCCAUGGGGGAGAGCGAGCCAUGGGGGAGAGCGAGCCAUGGGGGAGAGCGAGCCAUGGGGGAGAGCGAGCCAUGGGGGAGAGCGAGCCAUGGGGGAGAGCGAGCCAUGGGGGAGAGCGAGCCAUGGGGGAGAGCGAGCCAUGGGGGAGUGCGAGCCAUGGGGGAGAGCGAGCCAUGGGGGAGAGCGAGCCAUGGGGGAGUGCGAGCCAUGGGGGAGAGCGAGCCAUGGGGGAGAGCGAGCCAUGGGGGAGAGCGAGCCAUGGGGGAGAGCGAGCCAUGGGGGAGAGCGAGCCAUGGGGGAGAGCGAGCCAUGGGGGAGAGCGAGCCAUGGGGGAGUGCGAGCCAUGGGGGAGAGCGAGCCAUGGGGGAGAGCGAGCCAUGGGGGAGAGCGAGCCAUGGGGGAGAGCGAGCCAUGGGGGAGAGCGAGCCAUGGGGGAGAGCGAGCCAUGGGGGAGAGCGAGCCAUGGGGGAGAGCGAGCCAUGGGGGAGAGCGAGCCAUGGGGGAGAGCGAGCCAUCGGGGGAGAGCGAGCCAUGGGGGAGAGCGAGCCAUGGGGGAGAGCGAGCCACUGGGGGAGAGCGAGCCAUGGGGGAGAGCGAGCCAUGGGGGAGAGCGAGCCAUGGGGGAGAGCGAGCCAUGGGGGAGAGCGAGCCAUGGGGGAGAGCGAGCCAUGGGGGAGAGCGAGCCAUGGGGGAGAGCGAGCCAUGGGGGAGAGCGAGCCAUGGGGGAGAGCGAGCCAUGGGGGAGAGCGAGCCAUGGGGGAGAGCGAGCCAUGGGGGAGAGCGAGCCAUGGGGGAGAGCGAGCCAUGGGGGAGAGCGAGCCAUGGGGGAGAGCGAGCCAUGGGGGAGUGCGAGCCAUGGGGGAGAGCGAGCCAUGGGGGAGAGCGAGCCAUGGGGGAGUGCGAGCCAUGGGGGAGAGCGAGCCAUGGGGGAGAGCGAGCCAUGGGGGAGAGCGAGCCAUGGGGGAGAGCGAGCCAUGGGGGAGAGCGAGCCAUGGGGGAGAGCGAGCCAUGGGGGAGAGCGAGCCAUGGGGGAGAGCGAGCCAUGGGGGAGUGCGAGCCAUGGGGGAGAGCGAGCCAUGGGGGAGAGCGAGCCAUGGGGGAGAGCGAGCCAUGGGGGAGAGCGAGCCAUGGGGGAGAGCGAGCCAUGGGGGAGAGCGAGCCAUGGGGGAGAGCGAGCCAUGGGGGAGAGCGAGCCAUGGGGGAGAGCGAGCCAUGGGGGAGAGCGAGCCAUGGGGGAGAGCGAGCCAUGGGGGAGAGCGAGCCAUGGGGGAGAGCGAGCCAUGGGGGAGAGCGAGCCAUGGGGGAGAGCGAGCCAUGGGGGAGAGCGAGCCAUGGGGGAGAGCGAGCCAUGGGGGAGAGCGAGCCAUGGGGGAGAGCGAGCCAUGGGGGAGGGAGUGCCGAGGGGGGGAGCGAGCCAUUGGGGGAGAGCGAGCCAUGGGGGAGAGCGAGCCAUGGGGGAGUGAGCCAUGGGGAGAGCGAGCCAUGGGGGAGAGCGAGCCAUGGGGGAGAGCGAGCCAUGGGGGAGAGCGAGCCAUGGGGGAGAGCGAGCCAUGGGGGAGAGCGAGCCAUGGGGGAGAGCGAGCCAUGGGGGAGUGCGAGCCAUGGGGGAGAGCGAGCCAUGGGGGAGAGCGAGCCAUGGGGGAGAGCGAGCCAGUGAAGCCCGUACUUCCCCCCUUCCGCAACUUCCCUUGCUUUUGGCGGGCAGCAGCGGCGGCGGCAGCACUAGAUUGGAUUCGCACCACCCCAGAGCCGACUCCUUUGGAGCAGGCAGACGUCAUAGUCGUGGAGGCGGUGGCAGAGAGAGACAGUGCGGUGGUGAAACACGUUCUUCCCUUCCAACAGCUCUCAUAUGUGAACGCCCUAAAGUUCUCAUACGCAGCAGCAGCGGCAACACUAACCCGGAUCCGCACAACCCCAGAGCUGACUCCUUUGGAGCAGGCAGACUUUAUAGUUGAGGCGGUAGCAGAGAGCGAGGCGGUGAAGCGCAACGUGAUUGGCCGACUGGACGGCAUCGCCCCGCACCACGCGGUGCUCGCGAGCAACACCUCCUCCAUCUCCAUCACCCGCCUUGCUGCUGCCACUAGCCGACCCGAUCAGGUGAUCGGAAUGCAUUUCAUGAACCCACCUGUCAUCAUGUCAUUGGUGGAGGUGGUGCCAGGGCUUGCCACGUCAGACCACACGCUGCACCUCACCAAGGGCCUCGCGCACAGGUUCGGGAAGGCGGUGUGUGAGGCGCGGGACUACCCGGGGUUCAUAGUGAAUCGCCUGCUCAUGCCCAUGAUCAACGAGGCCUUCUAUGCCCUUUUAGAAGGGGUCGGCACUGCACAGGACAUUGAUAGGGGCAUGAAGCUGGGCACUAAUCAGCCCAUGGGACCGCUACAUCUAGCCGACCUGAUAGGGCUGGACACCUGCGUGGCCAUCAUGCGAGUGUUGCAUGCGGGAUUGGGAGACGCCAAGUACCGCCCGUGCCCGCUGCUCGUGCAGUAUGUUGAUGCCGGGUGGCUGGGUCGCAAGAGUGGGCGCGGCGUGUAUGAGUAUCCAAAACAGGAGGAAGGGAAGAGGGAAGGGGAAGUGGAGGGGGAGGGUGGGGGGAAGACGGUGAGAGGGAGACAGCUGGCGGGUAGACGGACUGCGCACUAG